UCGAAAUACGAGUUGAGGCGGAGGAAGCGGCAGACGAGAGCGGCAUUUUACUGUGUACCUAGAAAUUAAUAUCGCCGUUGAUAUUCAGCAAUAUACUCGGAGAGGAAUUAGCUGGAAGGCAGCGAACACUCAUUUUUACCGACGAGAGUUGUUUACAUUGACGAGACAGGAAGAUGGAUGAGCUGCAGGACGUACAGCUGACUGAGAUCAAGCCGCUGCUGACCAAUAAGAAUGCACGAAACUUUCAAGAUUUCGACUGCCAGGAGCAUGACAUUGAGACUCCUCACGGCGUUCUCCAUGUGACGAUGAGAGGCGUCCAGAAGGGCACCAAACCCAUCAUCCUCACCUAUCACGACAUCGGCCUCAACCACAAGUCGUGCUUCAACACCCUGUUCAACUAUGAGGACAUGCAGGAGAUCAUGCAGCACUUUGCAGUGGUGCACGUGGACGCGCCCGGCCAGCAGGAGGGGGCGCCUCCCUUCCCCAGCGGUUAUCGCUACCCGACCAUGGACGAGCUGGCGGAGAUGCUGCCCUCGGUGAUGACUCACCUCAAGGUCAACAGUGUGAUCGCCAUCGGCGUGGGCGCGGGGGCGUACAUCCUCAGCCGCUUCGCACUCAACAACCCGACCCUGGUGGAGGGGCUGGUUCUGAUCAACGUCGACCCGUGUGCCGAAGGCUGGAUCGACUGGGCCGCUUCAAAGCUGACUGGAUGGACCAGCAACUUGGUGGACAUCAUCAUGUCUCACCACUUCAGCACUGACGAGCUGACGGACAACCUGGAGCUGAUCCAGACCUACCGCCUCCACAUCUCCCAGGACAUCAACCAGGACAACCUGGCCCUCUUCUGCGGCUCCUACCAAUACCGCCGGGACCUGGAUAUCGAGAGGCCAAUCGUGGGUCUGAACGAGCAUACGGUGAACACAUUGGUCUGCCCCUCGUUGUUGGUGGUCGGCGACACGUCCCCCGCCGUGGAGGCCGUGGUGGAGUGCAAUUCCAGGUUAAAUCCAACCAACGCCACGCUGCUAAAGAUGGCUGAUUGUGGAGGUUUGCCCCAAGUUGUGCAGCCGGGGAAACUUGCCGAGGCCUUCAAGUACUUUCUUCAGGGAAUGGGCUACAUUCCCUACGUUCUCCUCAGCCACCUGAGCAGCGAUUCAGUGCCGUCAGUAGGAAUGACUCGCCUGGCGCGCUCCCGCACCACCUCCUCUUCCUCCAUCACCUCCAUGGACAGCAGCCGCAGCCGCAACAACCUCAACAGCCUGCUGGAGGGCAACGCCCUGGACAAGCAGGCCGCACCCCAGACCCUGGAGGUGUCCUGCUAAACUCUUCACAUUCCCCGAGUAACUCAUGUGCCCCCUCUUUCUCUCUCUCUCUCUCUCUCCCGCCCCCCUCUCUCCUCUCUCUCUCAUCCCGCUCCCAAGCAACUCGACGCCCAGGGGGAUCUGUAAGGAACUAUGUGAUUAGAAAGGAAAAAAAAGAUGUAAUAAAUAUAUUAACAGAUGCAUAUUAUUGAAUAUUUAAUACAGUGUCACAUUCGUACUCGAAACCAUACUCUCAUUCGGUAAACCACAGCAUUGACUGUUCAAACCCCCUUUUUAUUCGUGUAUUUUUCACGUUGUCUUUUGAUUUCAAAAUGUCUUCAAACACGACAGAAAACGCUUCUGGUCGCGACCUCUAAACGUCGGUUUUUGAGUCGCUGUCUUUUUGUGUUUUUAAUCCUAACUAAACAAACUGUAGCUGCAGACAUUCGUGACUCAUGGAAGAACCGGUGCAGACCGUAGCGCGAUGUCGGUAGACGUAAAGUAGUGUAAAGUUUGGUGUCGAGUCACUUCACGCACACGCUCGUUCAUUUUGAAUUCUUUCUUUUUGCGUCUGAGCUCGUCUCCCCUUCUUCUUUCCGCUUCAGUGUUGAUGUUUCUUGGUUCAGUCGAAUAGAUUAUUCGGUGAUGUUUUAACAACCUGCAACAAGCGGAUUUCUGAUGUGACGAAGUCCUUUCACCGGGUGCUGCUUCUCACCGUCUGCUGAUUCAACCCAUUUAUAUUACAACUGAAUAAAGGUACAAUAUGACAA